AUGUCUUGUGGUAAAAAUACCGAAGCGACUCCAGUGUGUUCAAAAGAUAACUGUCAAUGUCAAGGUGCUCUUGUUGGAGCGAAUUUAUGUCAUGGGGCUUUACAUGCUUACUUGGAACUUCAGACCUUAGGGUUCUGUAACAGCGAGGUGCGAUGGAAGCCAAAUUUUUGUCAAGGGGUUCAAAACGCCAAUCCAAUACAUCACCUCUUAGGAGGCUGUAAAAUGGAGCGCGGUAUGAGCCAAAUUUCAGGACUUUGCGGGCACAUUCAACACUCAUGUCUUUUGAAGACUGUAGUGGCAGUGCGCCUUGCGAGUCAAAUGUCAAGUAAUGUCAAGUUACGUCAAGUAAUGUUAAGUUAUGUCAGUAAUAAGGUUUUGCACGUACAGCCAGAAUUUAAAUCUUUAAGAGACUGUGUCAAUGGCGUACGGUGUGAACUUGAUCUCGAGAACACAUUGGAGGAUUGCCAGGCAAUUUCAGAAAAAAAGAAAUAG